CACUCGAGAAAACACGGAAGUGUCAAAAAUCCUGUUUUUUCCUGUCAAGCAGCAGCACCGUGGAGCGGUCCGUCACAUGACUGCAGUGAUAUGGAGGCGUAUUUCCCGAUGGCCUGAGUUGGACUAAAGUGAGAUCGUAUCGAGUUAUCGGAUUAUCAGCGUUACACCGUGCCAUGGAGAGAUUAGAGGCUACAUCAGAGCUCCAGUCACGGCUGUCAUCCCUGUCCUUCUCGUCGUUCCCCGGAAUAACAUCCAAACAGUGCGACAGCAGACCGCCGUUCAGCCUCCAGAACACAGACCUUUCACAGAGCUGUACCCAAUCCGAAAACCAAGCUGAUAUGGAUAAAACCAAGGAGGAUUCAGGACAACAUGCUGAGGGUAAUGAAGAGGCCCCUGCUGAGCCGGCCCUGGGGGAAGGAGGCGAAGAGAACAACAGUGCUGGGAGCUGUGAGCUCUCCGCUGAGAUGAAAGCCCAGAUGCCGCCCCUGAAACCCCCAACAACAUGGACAUCUGCUGCACUGAAGGAGCUGAAGGCGAAGCUUCGAACGGAGCAGGACAGUGUGGUGACAGUGUACCGAGGCGACAUCAUGACAGUUCACGUGCCCACUGUCCCCGAGGCCAAAAAAGUGUGCUGGGAGUUUGCUACAGAUGGCUAUGACAUUGGCUUUGGCAUAUAUUUUGACUGGACUCCUGUCACGAGCCGGUCUAUCACUGUGCACAUCAGCGAGUCAAGUGAUGACGAGGAUGAAGAGGAGGAGCUGGAAGGGCCUGUCGGUAACGGAGAUGUCGAGAAGGGCUCCAAAACUCAAACCAACUCAAACUUGGCUGAAAUCCUACCUGUAUACCGCCAGGACAGUCACUUGUCCGUUAACGGGGGGAGCCACGAUUUUCCAGGUGAAGGCACUUACCUCCUGAAGUUUGAUAACUCCUACUCACUGUGGCGAAAUAAAACUCUCUACUACAGAGUUUAUUACAGUGCCUGAGAUGCCAAUUUAUUGUUUAUGAAGGUAUACUUUACAGAAGAAUACUACUCUUAAGAACUAUUUUUGAUUCCAUAAUUGGAAAAAGUAUAAUAUAAAAGGUUAAAUAUAGGCAUAUCUAUUUUUUAUCACUAUCAGCUUGUGUUGCCACAUGUUGAAUUUAUGUAUAUGGUCAGAUAGUCUUGAAUGCAACAGUUGCUCCAAUGUCUUGCUGAUAGAUAUUUGAAGAAGCCUUGCAUAUGUGCCAUGUUCCCAUGUGUGCACUGUGCUAUUUAGUUAAGUGCCCGUCAUAAAACAUAUGUUGUCUUCAGCCUAAACAUUUCUAUGGUAGCAGUGAUCAGGGAACACCUGCACAGCAUAUAUUUCUCCAGGCCAGGUGCUUAAUCAGCAGUGCUCUAAAGAAAUGUAGUUUUUUUUUGUUGUGUGUGUGUGUGCGUGCACCUUCAAUGAUUAUGUUGCUUCAUUGUUGUUACUUGUAGUUAUCCUUCUGCUUUGUACUGUAACUUAUUUUAUAUCUGUGUUAAAUUUAAUCAUGUGAUAAUGGAGAAUAUAAUUAUGUAAUACAAAUUCUGUGCACAGAGCUGUCUACUGUCAUAGUGGUGUGUUGGUAAAAAGAUAUAAGUUGAAUGUACUGAAGCAAGUAGUAACAGUUUUUUAUGACACAAAUAAAAGUCAUCCCUUAUCACAUAAAGCUCUUAUUAUGUAAUAUAGAUUCAAUAUUUGCAUUGCCCCCCCGCCCACCCUUUAAUUUGCUGUUUCGGAGGUAGGGAGCGAUGGCAGUAUGUCAUCUAAAUGUAUUUUAUGCACAUGUAAGUAAAGGUCACUGUUUGUUUUUGAAUAUCCUCGGUGCAUUGGGCACAUCUGUUGAUUUCACCCUGUUUCUAAAAUCAGUGCUUCUACCGCAUUCACUUGUGCGCAUGUUCCCAAAGAUGUCACAGAUUUGGCUGCUAAUGUCGUAUACGAUGUAAAGCUACUGGUUUAAAGCUUCCCAUGUUUGCUGUACUGUACCUUUUACUGUAAGUUAUGAUGACAUUUGUUCCUGAAAUUUAUAUUCCACAAUAAAGAGAGGAUUGUCUA